GGGGGGGAAAGGGGGAGGAGUUACCGUGGCUUCCGUUCGGCGCUGACCUCACAUGCCGCGGCGAUAAUUUUGUUGUAUUUGCUCGUCUUAGUCGUCGUUAUCGUGAGGUAAACAGCAACAACAACAACAACUUUGUUGUCGUCAUUAUUAUUGUUAUUAUUAUAAAAAAAACCACAACCGUUCUUCAAACUCAAAGGUGCGAUGGCGGAAAAGGGAGAUUUGGACCUCACCGGCGCUAAACUCAAUCGCGGCCUGUGGCUCGUGAAGGUUCCAAAAUAUCUCUCUCAACAGUGGGGCAAAGCCACUGAGCGAGGUGAAGUCGGCAAGCUGAAAAUUUCCAAGGGACAAGGAAAGACCGAGGUCUCCUUUGUGCUGAGCGAGGAGCUGGCUGGGGGGGGAGGGGUCCAGGGGACGAGCACGAAGAGCACGGCCAUCAAUACCCCACGUGACCACGUGCUGGCCCUGCAGGGGGUUGCUGGGCAGAGUCUCGGUGUCUUCACUGAAGGCUCCUCUGGAAAGCAGACGGAUGCCACCUCGGGGAAUGUAGUAUAUGAUAAACUUUUCUUGGAGGGAGUCGUGGUCCAGCGUGCUGACUGCAGGCCCGUUGUUGGAGAAUCCUACAUGAAAAUGAAAAGGAUGCAGAUUGAAGAGUCCUCCAAGCCGAUGCGGUUGUCUCAGCAGCUCGAAAAAGCGGUCACGACAAAUUACAAGCCCGUGGCAAACCACCAGUACAACAUCGCGUUCGACCGCAGGAAGAAAGAGGAGGGCAAGCGCGCACGUGCCGACAAGCAGCAGGUUCUGGACAUGCUCUUCUCUGCCUUCGAGAAGCACCAGUACUACAACAUCAGAGACCUGGUGGACAUCACCAAGCAGCCUGUUACAUACCUCAAGGAUAUUCUGCGCGAGAUCGGGAUCUACAACGUGAAGGGGACUCACAAGAACACGUGGGAACUAAAGCCAGAGUACAGACAUUACCAGAGCGACGAGAAGAGUGACUGAAAACUCGGCCCAGUGUGUGGGCCCGCAUCGUGCGUGCGUGUGUGUACCAUACGACUCAUUUAAAUGCUGUUUAUAAAUGGGUAUCACCACCACCGGUUGCGUAUGGUGACGUGGUGGGGUAAAGUGUGUGUACACCCACCUCUUCUAAAGGUGUUUGGCCAGCUUGGAAGAGUAGGGCUAAAAACAUACCUCUCUCGAGGGGCUCUCUCGUGGAGGCCAGCGGUGUCAUGAGAAAGUAGUUGCAGGGCUUGAACCUUCUCCUUUAAGUUCAUGUGCCCGGGUGAUGGCAGCCUCCUUAUUCAGAAGGAUCGUUCGAUGACGUGGUGGUGAUGGCGAAGGUGGCGUUUGUCUCUUUGCAAUGUUGCACUGCUGUCGGUACGGUACCAGCAUUUGUUUUUAAUGUGUUGAAUAAACAACAAAAAAAUGUCUUAUUCCUUUAAUUAAUUUCUCCACGUAGCGGCUGGCUGUGUGUGGCUCCCCACGUCAUCCGGUGCUGUGGGCCUUUACCGAACAGCUGAACAGGCAUGCCUGAGAUAUGCAUUUUCAUAACCCAAGCCCGCCAACUCAUCUUGUCAAGUUUAGCCGGUUUUCGAUGGUAUCUGCAGGCAGGCACCAACCAAAAACUUGGUUUUGCAUUCAAUUUGCGCAAGCGUAAAGCAAAUAAUUUGACGACAAAUUAAUAUCGCCCCACUCGUGUUCACAGCUUGAGUGCGUGCGCUCCUUAAGAGGUGGGAAGGUAAUUGUCGAUGGGCACCCCUUGAAAUUGAGACGUUCCGUCUCUGAAAGGGUUAUUUAUUUAUUUUCCAGGUAAAAAGGUAAUACAUAGAUCAACAUUCCCCCAACUUUGACUUGGAUGUGCAUCGUCAUGGGAUAUUGUCUGUGCUUGCAAGUAAAGUGGAGUUACAGUAUUUUCAGAUGUUUUGUUUGCUAUGUUAUGAAUAGAAAUUCUAUAAAUAUCUUCAAAUGUCUAAAGUAUGUCAUGAAACCUGUUUAAAUUUUUUUUCACAAUGCAGUCGUACUCGUACUGAAGCUACUACGUUUAUGAAAGCGUAACGUGGGACAGUUUAGCGUAAUAAUUGUGCACGCAAGCUUUGCAGCAAUACCUGUAGUCUGCCGUUUGGUAUUGCCUCCGUACGGCUUUGAUCUGCAAAUAAAACGACGGUGCUCCAUCAACCCCCUUCAGAAGAGCAACUGGUCGCUGCGCACUCCUCCACAAGUGGGGAAUCAGACGACAACCCCACGGUGUGACUGCGGCCACCCGUACCAGAAAAAUUGACCAUAUCGCGAAUAACUGCAUCAUCCUACGCACGCUCUCUGCCGGACUGAGCGGUAUUAGUUGCACAACUCCCGAAGCUAUCGCGUGGCUCACAAACUUUAACUUGUGCGUGCGAUUUCCACAUUUGCCAUACGCUGGAGAGAGAGAGAGAGCAAUACCGAAAUUAAAAUGUAUUCUCAAAAUAGUGCCGUAUCCUCUGAAACCACACUGGAGGUGUUCAAGGCUCGCUUGCUACAAACGGCGUCUUUGUUACUCAAGUUAUUUUUAGAAUGUUGUCAUUUGAAACCAACGGUGAAAACAUUGCAGGAUUUAAUAAAAA